CAGUGAAAAGCUUCGUGUUCGCCUCGUGGAUACUGCAAGCUCUUAUGCGUCGCAGUUCCAGCAACCGCUCGAACUGCAGACAAGUGGGACGCUCUGAUCUGGAAUGAAAUUGAAGAAAGCACACGAUGACAACGCGUGUGACAUUAAAACCCCUUAAACUUCGUGAAGUAACAACACUCUCCUCCUGCGCCUUCACUCCUCCUCGUUUCUCUUCUCUUUCACGCUCCCUACCCGACCGUGGCGCCGCCUACACUGCUCGAGCGUAGCAACGGUGCCAACAUGCGCUCCUCGCCACUCCGUAGACGCUUCUCGAGCAAAAAUGGCGCUGAUGCACGGCGCAAGGGCCCACGUGAUGCUAUUAGGCCAAUAGCGACGCGGCGUCGGCCUCGGCCAGAGCGCGGGAAGAGGAGGCGGCAUUCUUCAAAGCGUGCCGUUACUUUACGAAGUUUAAUUAAGGGACUUUAUGGGACAUGUAGCCGCGGACCAAGCGGGGACUUCCUCGCUUGUGUCAGCGCUCGUGUGUUUUGUGUCUACUUACCGUGCUCGUCAUGUUGCGAGCUGAAAGCUUCAGUCAUGCCAUACCAACAUGCCCGCACGGCGAUGUUGGGGAACCAUAUGAAGAUAACGCUACUGAAAGGGCUAAACGCGUUGAUAUGUGAGGUGCUGAAAGCUGAGCUGCACAAUACGAUAUCUGACCUUAUUGCGCAUAGGAAACUUGAGUGCGCCAUGGUUUAGAUUGUGCUCCACUAUGGACUAGUUUGUGUCGAGCCACUAUAUCCCUGCCGUUGCUAAAGCAUGGGCAAUAUUUUUCAGAGUUGACGUUAUUAGUCUCCUUCCUCAUGCAACUUCACGAGCAGUGGUGACUUACGCCGAGAAAGCAGGACUUAGUGCUUAUCCACUGAUCCCCGUUCCACAUUUACACGCAACUCAGCAUUGACUGAAGCGAAACGAAAGUUGUACAAUGUUCAGAAAAAAAUAAUGCUUGGUUGCUAGAUAAUAGACAUAAACAAACAAUCACAAGUUGUCCGCACAAGAAAAAUAUAAUGUCAAUAAAAAAUAACGCUACGCACAAAUUUGGAUGGCAGAGAAAACAAAUAUUGGGAGACAGACGCCUCAGGUACAUGACAGUAGAAGCUACCAUACGCGGCGUAGAGUUAGAUUUGGGUUUGUACUAAAUAUAUUUUCAUGUUCCUAAAACCUUGUUUAGGAAACCUUGUUUAAACCAACAACCGAGGGUUGUUGGUUUAAGAAAUGCGGAGUUCAAUACGUAAAUUUUUUGCGUGCCAUCAAUUUCGCGCAAUUAUCAUGACGAUUAUCAUGUUCCGCUUUGUACAAUGCCCCGUUUGGAUGAAUAAUGUUCAUUAAAAAAAGCAUUUACUUGGCUGUCCUUGUAUUAUCACAAUCAUGAAAAAUUAAAAAUUCAUCUCUCUAAAACAUUUAUGAACUCCAGCUGACUCUUGGCCAAUGCCCCUUCGGCUACCAUGAGGUUUAUUACAAAAUUUGCUUUUCAUGCUUUUAAGAUUAUAAAAAAGAUGUUUAGAGGAGGAAAAAAAAGAAAAAAGAAACGCGGACUAGUUCAACACGACAACGCAGGCAAUGUGGUGCGCCCGUAGCGGGUGCUGCCGUCUUGAAUUAUUCCGCGUUUUUUAUUUCUUUUCUGCAACUAAAUAUAUAUAUUUUUCGUACCCUGAGGUCCAGCUUUGACUGGUAGACAGAACGCGAUGGGCGGCGAGGCACGACGCGGCGUUCUGGACUGAGGACGGCGCCAGCCUGGGGGUGACCAUUGUCGUCUGCUCUUUAAAUAACGUUGUUUUUUUUUUCUCUCUCUCGUUCACUGAAUACCGACUCGCCCAAAGAUACACACGUUUGAGGUUAUCGUCGUUGUCGUCGUCAUCAUCAUCAUCGUCACGAGUGUUCUGUAGUGGGCAAGUGGCCAUUAUUUUUGGAGCAAGCAAGCGACAGCGGCCCCUGCCAUUCCCGGGGCGCAUGGCCGCUCUUGGCCUGUCCCGGAGUCCCGAGGGAGACGGGGUGGAGGAGACCAUGGCUGUUCCGAUCUCCGAGAAGGACGAGCACGAGUCGGACGACGCCAGCGGGGGCUGGAUACUGCUCGAGGACGUCGCCGAGGUCGCGGGCGAAGCUGCGCUGCAGAGACGGCGCAGGGGCGAGGCGGCGGAUGACGUCAGCACCGGAGACCGGAAGCAGCAGCGCCCCGGUGCGCCCGAAGAGCGGCACACGUUUGACGUCAUCGUGCGCGGCGGAUACUGCGACCUGUCGCGGAACAAGCUUGGCCCGGAGAACGACUUGUGGGUGGUCGACCUGGACCUCGCCGUCUGCGUCCCUAUGGUUGUUGUUGCAGUUGUAGCUGCGGCCUACAUCGUGAGCUCGGUCCUCUUCCGGGCCAUGAGCGCUCCGGAGGUGCCGGCUCUGCUCCUGGCCAGGUUGCUGGCCUACGGCUGCGCGUCCAACGCCGUGUCCUGGUCCAAGCCGCACCGCGUCGACAACCACGAGCGCUGCGGGGCGCUGUACUUCAAGUUGUGCCUGCGCGCGUUUGCGUUGCUCGCCUGCUGCGGCGUCGACGUGUUCCUGCUGUCUCACGGCGUCCCGGAGUUGCUCGAGCGCUUCAACACGACGGCCAGGCUGUUAGUGGGCGUGACAGACGGCGACUGCUCGACUUGUGCAUCGUCCGACGGCGGCCCGAUACCGGCUUCAUGCACGGCGGUGCCGUUUAAGAAAUUGAUUGCAGACGAGUCCUACGUGCGCAUUUUCUUGCGCCUCUACGAUGUGCUGGCCACGCCAGGGUACAACGAGCUCAUCGAGAAGGCCCAGCAGAUGGGACUGCUGCACUGCCCGAAAUGCGUCGUGGUCCUCUACGCAACUUUCACGUGCACCGUGACGAUCGCCCUCGUCCUGGCCCUCCUGGUGGUCGUUUUGCAGGCCAAGUCCGCGAGCGCCAAGGUCACCUCCACCUGGAACAUCUGCUGGCAGCGGCACCGGAGCAAAGGACUCGUUCGCUUCUGCAGGGAGAUGCCGCGUCUGCUCUCGCGCUGCCUGCUCGACUGACGAUAGAAAAAAGAAAAGACAGGCACACCGACUAAUAAAUUUAACACGUUUUGCCUACUAACAA